AUAUUUGACCUAAUAUCUUAAAAAACCUCCAAUCUUGAUUUUUAUCCUAAUUUUACAUUUUCUCUUAUAAUUGGGACUAGAAUUAGAGUUGGGGUUUUUUUAUGAAAAAAAGAAAAGAAAAGAAAAGAGGGGCCGCUACUUUAUAUUGCUUUUCCUUAUAAAUAAGAGGGGCCGGCCCAACAGGCUCUGAAGGAGCAGCGGCUAGCAAAAAGAUAAGCCUCAGCCUCACCCUGUCUAUCUUAUCUCAUAUUCUAUUGGAUCCUGCAAGCUGCGGCAGAGCAAUGCUGCAUUCAGUUCCGGCGCAUAAAUCUGUGAUUUCAGGGUUUGGUCGGUCGAAUGGGCAAAUCUCCCUUCUUGAAUCAUGGUCGACCAAAUCUCAGACCCGUUUCCCAAUCAGGUGCUCCAUUACUUCCUCCGGUUGGAGCGGGAGGGGUGGAUUCAAGAGGCGCGUGGUCGUCCAAGGAACCCAUCCAAAUUCGGACCAGGAAGAGGAAGACCAAGAAGAGUUUCGAGUAAUGACAGCAACGAGGAGCCAGUACAACGACAUUGUCAUAGUGGACACUGGAAGAUCCCGGUUCCUGUUGUUGGACUCCACCCACAACGUUCACAGCAUGGUGAACAAAGGAGAGGACAAAUGGAGUAGUUCCUACUGGGACGAGUUUGCAAGCCUGCCAGCCAUAGUCCCCGAAGGCCCCAUCGCCAUCUUUGGAUUAGGGGGCGGGACUGCUGCUCAUCUGAUGCUGCAUCUGUGGCCUUGGUUGCAGAUUGAAGGGUGGGAGAUUGACGAGGUUCUGAUUGACAAGGUCAGAGAGUAUAUGGGGCUCUCUGAUUUGGAAAAGCCUAAUCGAGCAGGUGGGAUGCUCAUCGUUCACAUUGGCGAUGUCCUUUCUCCUGUGGUAAAGGAUGAUGGAGGAUAUUACUCAGGGAUAGCAGUCGACUUGUUCACGGGAGGCAGGGUGUUGCCGCAGUUGCAGGAGGUCGAGACUUGGGUGGAGUUCAAGGAGAGGUUGAUGCCCAGUGGCCGCAUCAUGGUGAACUGUGGGGGAAUUGAUGACACCGAUCCCACAGGAAUCACUAGAAAGUGGGAGCUGAAUUCCACAAUCAAGGCAAUGUUGAGUGCAUUCCCAGGAGAGUUGAGCUGGAGAAGAACUGCACAGGCAGAAGGCGAAAACUAUCUAGCCCUCACCGGACCUCUGCCUGAUCUUGAUUUGUGGUCUUCCAGAGUCCCCGGUCGUUUGAGCAAGAAUGUCAGAGAAUGGAGGCCUUGCAUUUGACUUAUCUUGCCCGAACAAAAUUGACCUGUAAAUAGCCCUCAUUUCAUGAUAUGUUUGAGACGUGCAGGAACCGUGUUCUAUCCAUAUUACUAAAGAGAUCAUUUGCAUCUGCA